AUGGCUUUGGUUACUCCCGCUGUAGCUCCAUUCAAAUGGACAGUUGACAUUGCAAGAGAAUUAAUUCGACUUCGACGUGAUAAUCAUGAUGAUUUUGAGGUUCGCCGCUUCUCCCUCUCAAUGUCAAAGAAAAUGGUACUCAUUAAAAUAUGGGUACAAAAAUCUCAAGAGGUUGGAUGCUGGGGAGAAUCCUCACGACCAACCAAUAACAAACCUAACUUUGCAUAA